AUGGUUUACCCAUUUGAAGCUCUCUUUCUCUCCUACCAGUCUGAUGUGUUGACGGGGCAGGGAAGGACAUUGAUCAAUUUCAAGGACAAUUUCAAGGACCUAUUGAUUUUAAUACCACUACUUCCAAGGAAGGCCAGGAUGCCGCCCCAAAGCAGAAAGGUCCAAAAUGAGCACCGCUUGAUUGACUUUACUUACUUGAAGAUACGAACAAAGUUUGCUGAUCUGCAGAAGCAAAUCCUCGAAGAUUCGUUUACUUCCAGCACAUGGCUUUGGGACGAGAUGCUAAGCAACCUGCAUGUACCUGUAGAGAGACUUUGA